GGAUAUCCUGAAGCGCGGGGGUUCAGCAGUGGAUGCUGCCAUUGCAGCUCUGCUGUGUGUGAGUGUGAUUAACCCUCAGAGUAUGGGCAUCGGUGGAGGACUGGUGUUUACCAUAUACAAUGCUUCGAAUGGAAAGGUGGAGACAAUCAAUGCUCGAGAGACUGCCCCAAUGAGUGCUACAGCAAACAUGUUUGACAAUGAUCCUCAAAAAAAGUAUCCAGGAUUAUUAAUAGCUGUACCAGGAGAACUGCGUGGUUAUGAAAUGGCACACAAAAGGUAUGGGAAACUGCCAUGGAAAGAUCUGUUUGUGCCCAGUAUAAAGCUGGCAUCGGAGGGAUUUAAGAUUGGCAAAGCCCUGGCCAAUGCCAUCAAUGAUGAAAAAGAGAAAAUUCUGAAAAAUGCAGCAUUGCGUGAAGUGUUUUGUGACUCACACAAUACCACCUUGAAGGAAAAUGAUACUAUAAGUUUUCCCCAACUUGCUGCCACCUACUGGAAGAUAGCAAAAAAUGGAGCAAAUGCAUUUUACAAUGGGUCCCUGGCUCAGACUCUAGUGAAUGACAUCAAUGCUGCAGGGGGAAAUAUCACACUUCAAGACCUAAAGGAUUAUAAACCAGAGUUGAUAGAGUCUGCAUUGAACUUUACAGUGGGGAAAUACACAUUCUAUGCUCCUACUGCUCCAUUCGGUGGACCUGUGCUCGCUCUGAUAAUGAAAAUACUCCUGGGCAAGGGUACAAAAGGUUCUUCAGGUUUUGGCUUCUCAAAGAAAAGUGUGUCCACACCAGAGAAUAUGACUUUGACCUAUCAUCGCAUCAUAGAGGCUUUCUGCUUAUCUACUGCCUUGAAGAAUAAUCUGUCUGACCCACGUUAUGAUAAAAGUGUCACUGAGUUAAUCAAAAACAUGACUUCAGACAGCUUUGCGGACGACGCCAGGAGGAAGAUUAAAGAUAACAUUGCAACCGCCUGCAACAAGCUGCUGGAUGACAAUGAUGACAAUGGCACAUCUCACGUGUCUGUCCUUGAUAAAGACGGCUAUGCAGUGGCGGUGACCAGCAGCAUCAAUAACUAUUUCGGUUCUGGUGUGAUGUCAGGCUGUUCAGGCAUCAUAUUUAAUGACCAGAUGUCAGAUUUCAUUCAGAUGAAGAGUGAACGCAACAAAAUUGAAGGAGGUAAGAGACCACUGUCAUCAAUGUGUCCCACAAUAAUACUGGGCAAAUCCAAAGGAAAAGGGGGGAAAGUGAGAAUGGUGGUUGGAGCUGAAGGAGGGACGAACAUCACCACAUCUGUUGUUCAGGUGAUCCUGAACUACCUGUACUUUGGCUAUUAUCUGAAGACAGCUGUUGAUCAACCCAGAUUUCACAUCACACCAAAUGGGACAUAUGUGGAUGAUAACUUUGAUGAGAGAGUGAUUAAAGGCUUGGAGGAGAAGAAUCAUACUAUUAUACGUAACGAUACUGAAGAUUCAGUGGUUCAGGCGAUUGGACGAGAAUGCACCAAAAUCUGUGCUGCAUCUGACUUCAGGAAAUAUGGCAAACCUGCUGGAUACUGACCGCUGCUUCUGCGUUCAUGCUGCAGUUUUCAAUUAUGUUUAUAUGUGAAGUAGCUGUAGAGUGACAGCUUUAGUUUGUUUUCAAUGACAUGUACUUUUUAUGAAAUGACCAAGAACCAAAAUGCAAAAAACAUUUCAAAAUACGGAAGUGAGAAAACAUACAGUUCCAUGGCAUGUAAAAAUAUCACAUGGUCAAUUUUUACAGGUCAGAAUACUGGCCAUUGGCGGGUGCAGUAAAAUGUUUGUUUUAGACCCAGCUAAAUAAAAACAAGAGCAGGUAAUACACCAUGUGUUAUAUUACAAAAUUCCUUUUAAAUGUUUCUAAUUUCACAGUAAUAUUUCAGCUGUUUUUAUUUAGCUUAUCUAAAAAUCUGCUUAGAAAUUGCAGAAAUUUAUAAGCUCAAAACAAGAGUUUAAUAGAUAUAUUGGUGGAAAAAAAAUCAAUAAAGUUUCCUUUUAGUCUA